GGCUGCAGGGAGACAGAGAGGACACAGCCAGGCCCAUACCCGGCACAGACGCCAGAAAUGCAGCCCUGGACUGGGCUUUGCCCAGAGGAGGCCCCCAAAGGCGCCAGCUUUCCACCCUUGUGACCCAAGGCUCAGGUGCAAGUGCUGGGCUCUCAGCUCAGGGCUGUGGCCAGCGGUCACUGUCCUCACCAGGGGCCAGUGGUCUCCUCAGAUCCCACACCUCUCCCUCCCACCACUCCCUCUCCCACCAGCACAACCUCUCUCCUCUGUCUCCAAAGUCCCCAGGGCACCUUCCCUGGGAGCCAGGUUGGGCUCUGCCCCAGCCACAGCAGCCCUGGACCCCACUCACUUGACCCUUUCCUUGCAGGCGCCACCCAGGACCAUGAGUGCCGGCCUCCCUGGGGCCCCCUGAGGGGUGAGGAUGGCCGCCCAGCCCACGCCCCACAGCCCCCCUCAGACUGCCACCUCCUAGCGCCCAGGACCUGGGGCCAUGCCAGGCAAGCGGCCAAGUGGAGCACCACCCCCUGCCACCACCAGAGGUCUGCAUCCCUGCCCAGGUGCAAGGGGCCUGCGGCGCCCCUCCCAGCCCCCUCACGAGGACCAGCCCCCCAGCAGUAGGACAGCCCAGGGCACCAGGGCAGCAGGCAGCCGAGCUCUGGCCGGGGAGCCCCCCACGGCGCAGUCAGGGCAGGCUCUGGAGGUGAAGCCCCAGGCAGAGCUCCUGAGGUCCCUGUCCUUUCGUGGCCCCCUGGGGAAGGGGGGUGGCCCUGACACCCCGCCUUCAAGGAGCCACCCAGGGGCCAAGGUGUGGCUGGCAGGCAGGGUGGACAGCAGCCCCCUGCAGCUCUACGGCCCAGGCACUGCCAGCCCAAGGACCACACCCACCCUGGAUGGGACCCCCGAGAGCCGGCCUCACAAGCCCCAGGACUCCCAGGCAGAAGCCCACCGCAAGCCCAGCCUCCCUGGGGCUGAUGCCCUGCCCACCCCGGAAGAGCUCCGCUCACAAAGGUGCUUCCAGGAGGCCCCCACCAGCUUUACCUCCAGCAAUUAUACCUCACCGAGUGCCACCCCGGGACCCGCUUGGGCCCCGCCGAGCAGCCCCCCAACACUGGCCUCCCUCCCAGAGCUGCAGGCCAACAGGGCCAGCUCUUGGCCUCCAGCUGCUGAAGACAACUUCCCAGGUGCUAAUUUUGGGGUCCCCCCCACCAAGUCAGAGCCCUUCCCUGAGGGCAGCAGGCCUAGCCCCCGGGGGAGCCCCUUCCCAUACCCCCUCCAGGCACAGGCCCCUCAUGAAGAUGCAGUUGGGCAGGCAUAUGCCAAUGGAGCCCUGGCCUUUCCCUUCCACCAGCCCCCAGGAGGGUGGACAGAGGUGGCCAUGGGCACUGGCCCCGCCUACCAAUUGCCCCCCACACCCUCACCCCUGCCCUGCUACCCCAGCCAGCCAGGUGGCCUCGAGGCCUCUGGUGACUGUGCCCAUGCCCUCUCCCCAGCUGGUGCUGCCCCCCUGACUCCAAGACCCUUCCCUGACAGUUUGCACAAGAGCCUGGCCAAAGUCCUUCCUGAGGGAACCCCUUCAGGCCAUGAAGGGCUAGGGAGCUCCAGGGCACCCCCAAACCCUGGGUCCCAGAGGCACUUUCCAGGACAGGCAUAUGGAGCCAGUAAGGUGGGCAGCAGCUCAGGACCUGGGGAUACCAAGCUGGCCACCCCCAGACCCCUGCCUGCUAGGCUGCCCCAGAUGUGGGAGCCCACAGCAGCCGCCUACCCCGAGCCUACCCUGCACCCCCCACCUACUCCGGGUGCCACAUUCUUUGACAGCCCUGGCCAGCAGCUCUGCCUGCCCCAGAGUCCCACAGUGCCAUGGCCCUCAGCGCUCCCUAGCCCCAGGCCAAGCCCCGGUCACCUGGAAGUGCUGAGCCAGCUGCCAUUCCCCAGGGGGACCACUGAGUGGCAGGAGGGCAGCCGGGGGGCUCUGGGUGCUGCCAGCCAGGCGCCCAGGCCUGGGGAGACAAUGGUAGCCCUGAGAACCAGCCCAUGCCAGCCAGGGAGCUCCCCAGGGCUGUUCCCCUACAGCGCGGUGAAGGACCCCGGGGCCCAGCCCCUGUUCUUUGGGGGUACCCAGCCCCAGGCAUCCCCCCGGGGGGCCCCAGGCCUGCCCCUGUCCAGGGUGGUGGGGGUCUCCCCCAGCGGGUCGCCCCUGCCCUCUCCCGCCACCAACACAGCCAGCAGCAGCACCUGCUCCUCCCUGUCCCCACUGUCCAGCAGCCCGGCCAACCCCAGCUCUGAGGACAGCCAGCUCCCUGCCCCACUGGGGCCUUCUGGCUUCCUCCUUCCAGCCCCCCACCCUCAGGAGACUGAAAGCCCCUUUCAGCCCCCAGAACCCACCAGCACCGGCCCAGCCCACUUUCCGCUGCCCUCGGAUGGGCUGGAGUCCGAGGGUGCCCUCGAGUUCCCAGGCAGUGAGGGCCACAGGGCAGGCAGGGAUGGGCUGCGGAGUUUCCCCCAGGGCCCAGUUGCCUACACCGCCCACCACUUCCCGCUGAGCAGUGCCAGCCUGGACCAGCUGGAUGUGCUACUGACCUGCAGGCAGUGUGACCGCAACUACAGCAGCCUGGCCGCCUUCCUUGAGCACCGGCAGUUCUGCGCCCUGCUGCUGGCCCGGCACGGGCCCCAGGAGCACCCGGCACCCAAUGCCACCCCCAAGGCACCGGCCCCCACACACCCAGACUUGCUAGGCCACAGCCAGGCCAUCCCCUUCCUGCUAGCCGGGGACCUACAGGCAGAGAGCAAAGAAGACACUCUGCGGACGAGCUUCCUGCCCAGCCUGGCCGCCCCACCCUUCCCGCUGCCCACCUCAGACCUAGACCUGGAGGACAAUGCCAAGCUGGACAGCCUCAUCACCGAGGCCCUCAAUGGCAUGCAGGACCCAUCCGACAGCCCUGAGAUCGACAGUAGCUUCAUAGACGUCUUCGCUGAUGAGGACCCUCCUGGCCCAAGGGGCCCUAGUGCCGGUCAACCCCUCAGCACCCCGGCAGGUGCCACCCAGGAACAUCACGCCCAGCCCCUGCCCCCUGCUGGAGAGGCCACACCACAGCCCCAAACCCCCUGUCCUGGGGACAGGGCCACUGUUCCCUUGCUGGGCCCAACACCCCCGGAGGCUCCUGCACACCCCCUGGGGAGGCAGCCUAGGAGAGGGAAGCAGCUCAAAGGGUUCUGGAAAGAGCUGGAUGCAGCCCGCAGCACCGAGGAACCCAGGAGGAGGGGCCAUGGCCCCCAGCAGCCCCCACCCCAUGCCCAGGACCUCAGAACCCAGGCCAAGGGCCACAUGGAUCCUGAUGAGCGGGACCCCAGGGCCCUCUUCCUCCCUGAAGAUGCGGGUACCACCAGGCGCCUGAGACUGCCCCCCAGGACGGACUUGAGGAAGCAGAGGGCACGGCGGGGCAGCAGCUGGAGCAAAGAGCUCAUCCACAAGAUCGUGCUGCAGAAGAACAAACCCUACAGGCCACAGGCACCCUCAAGGACCCCACGAGGCAGGGGUGACCUUGCCUCUGGGUCUGCGGGGGAUCCCGGGCCAGGGCCUGGCCUCAGGGGCCGCUCUCACCGCGGCCGCCGGCAGCAGUGCCAGGGCAAGAUGAAGGAACAGUGCCAGGGCAAGAUGAAGGAAGACAGCCUGGGCCGGUGCCCUGGCAGGGUGGUGAGGCCAGGGCCUGCUGAGUCCAGGGGCUCCCCAGCCCACAGCCUGGAUGGAGACCCCAGGUGUACUGGUCACCCCAAGGACCUCCCACAGGUCCCAAUGGACACCACAACCCCAGAGGAAAGCCACCUGCCCUUGGGCCUCUGCCAGGCAUCCCCAAAACCUGAGACUGCUGACCCCACAAAACUCAGAAAGGUGCCCACUGGGGAGGGAGGACACCCCAAACCCCCCACUCCAGAGCCCCCACUGCCUGGCAGAGCUGGUGCCAGCAGACGUCCACCCUUGGGGAGACGCCGCAAUGUGAUGCCAAGGCACCAGGGCACUCCCAGCUGCAAGGGGCUCCCCAAGUGCCACGACAGAGAAGAUGCCCCUGCUCGCCAGCCCACAGACUUCCAGACACCCGCUGCUAGUCCCACCAGGGAGUCCUGUCCUGAACCCGCCACCCCAUUUUUUAAGAACUCUGAUCCCAGUCGCAACCCCGCUCACUUUAACAGAGACCCUGUGGGGGUUUCUGCUGCCAAAAAGGGGCCCCAGCCCAACAGCAGUGCCCUCAACAAACUGUUCCUCAGGCCCAAGGACCUGGCUGUGGACACUCCACCGGCCAGCAGCUGCUACCUUGGCCAGGACCACGUGGAUGCCCUCAAGCCCAAACCGGCAAAGAAUCCACCCUACACAGCUGAGACCGACCCAGGCAGAGCCCAGUCACUGCUGACUUUGGAGUCCAUGGCCCUCUUUGCAGGGCUGCCCGAGGACAGCUUGGACCCACCACUCUACGGCAGCCUGUCCCCACACAGGGCCACCCCCGAGCCACUGGCCUGUGCUGACCCUCUCCCAAGGAAACCUCUGACAGAACCACUGUUCUCCCCAUUUCUGCUGCUGGAGGAAGUGUCACCAACACUGUCCAGCCAGUUUCCUGACGUCUCAGGGUCAAAGGCAUUCCGCAAGAAAUGUCCCCAUGAAGAGACGGCUCCUCCCAGCCCUGCACCUGUGCCUGGGAGGAGGAGAAACGAACACAGUGCAGCUUUUAUGAGCAGCCUGUCUGAGGAUGAACUGGAAAUCAAAAGAUUGGUCUCUGAACUAGAGAGCCAACUGCAAAAGAGGGGGGGCACCCAGGAAGCCCCUGAGGACCCCAAGAAAGCUGCAUGUGCAGCCUCCCUGAUGCCUGGCUGCCAGGCCACCUCAUCCCACAGCAGUGCAGCCCUGCCCAGUCCUGGGGAGUCAAGUCCACAGCAGGAAGACACGGGAACAGCUGUGUCCUCCGGGAAAGGGGCACUCCAGAGCCCCCAAGGGGACCAGCCCUGCCCAGCCACAUGCCACCCAAGAAAAGCGGCCCCAUGCCCAGGCCCCCUCAGAGACCUGGCUUCCGGGGCUCUGACAGCACAGAAGGGCAGAGGCUGCAAGGCCGAAGAAGACCCCGGGGCACCCCUGGGCGUGUGUCUGCCUGAACCCAGCAAGCAACCUGAGGCCCUGCUGGAGCCUGCAGGUUUGGCAGAGCAUGACCCAAACUUAUUUCCUAGAAGUGAUGAGUUGAUCAGGACACAGAAGAGCAAGGGAGCAUGGGCACCAGAACCCCUGGGGGCAGGGGGGCCCUGCCCAGACCGCCCAGCCACCCCAGCACUGGACCAGGUGUUUCAGGGCAGUGGGGAGGCAUCUCUGGAUGCCAUCCCAACCCCAGGUGCUGGGCACAGCCAUGCCUCCAAGGAACCAGCUCCCGGGGGACCUGGGCCCCCUCCCACCCCGGCAGAGGGAUCGGCCCUCCAACACUGGGAGGCUCCGUCCCACCAUGGACCCUGCGUCAACACAGCCUCCAGCCCCUCGAGUCCACUCUGGGUCUUGGGGGCAAGAGCUGAGGACGAUGGUAGCACCCAGGUCUGGCAGGGGCCUCCAUCUGCUGCGGCCCAAAGCCCUCAGCACAGAGCACCCCCAGGUCUAGGAGGAGACAGAGCAACAGGGGGCUCCCCUGGGGGUGUGCAGGACAUGGCCACCUCCACAGUGUCGGAGGCAGAUGGACAUCUGGGCUCCCCUGGCCAGGCUGAGAAACCCAAGGGCCAAAGCAAAGCCAGCCACUGUUUGCCUGAAGCCUGGAAGAGCACAGGGGCACCGGGCAAUGGUGCCAAGGCCAACACCCUGCCCAGAAGGCAUGGACCAGCCUGGGCCGCCACCAGGCCCCAGGGAGGCAGCACAGCCUUGGGCCCUCGGGAGCAGGUGCGGCCAACCUCUAGCCCUUGGCGCCUCUCAGGAAUGGCAGCUCACGCCCAACAGGGGCCUGAGGACAGGAUCCCAGGGGAGGUGACCAGCCUGGUGCCACCCACCAGGGACCUGGCACCCUGCACGGUCAUAGCCACCCCCAACCCCUGUGGCCCAGAGCACACACCCCCGGAAGACCCCUGCUGCAUGUCUCUGGGAGUGGCUGGCUGGGUCCAAGCCCCUGCAAGUGUGGGGGCCACAGGGACCCCCACCGAUCCACCUUUGUCGACAAGCCUCUGUGGCCCUGAGGACAUCACAUCCCCUGCUCUCCUCGGGCCCAGCAGCCCUGAAGACUGGCCCGGCCUCAGAGACAUUCCAACCCCCACCCAGGGCCAAGAUGGCCUCAGCAGCAGCACAUUAGCAACGCUAGAGGAUAUCAAAAGAGGGCCAGGGGGCUCUCCGGCCCCUGUCACCCCAUCUUAUCCAGAAGCAUGCAUGUCCCCAAGAAGGACCAUCAAGGAACAUGGGGAGAAUUUCCUCUCAGAGUCUGACAUAAAGGCAGUCAGGGAGCUCCAGGUGUGGGACCCCAGUAUGUCCUGGGACCCCUCCUCACAUGCUCCAUGCCUUACCCGCUUCAAGACAGCCACACCCACAGAUCACACCACAGCAGGGUCCACACGGCCAGGCCCCUCCCCCUGCCUGGAAAGGGAGGCGGGGCCUGUCAGUGAGAGACAGGAGGACACAGGGACAUCUGGGGCUGGACAUUCCAGGGUGACAAAAGUAGCUGGAGCUGGCCCCCAAGGCCUGACCACAGCUUGCUCUCCCCCAGAUGCCUCUCCCAGCAACAUAGCCAGCGACUCUGGGCCCAACUCUCCCCAAAGCCACAUCAGGGUCCCUCACCAUUUGGAGCCUCUCAGUCCCCAGGACCCCAAACAGCAACCCGAUAGUUUGAAAAAGAAGCCAGAACCCACAGAGAGAAGGAAGGGCCAGGCCCCAGCUGGGCCACCUGUGCCCUGUGUCACCUGUGAGGUCUGCUCAGCCUCUUUCCGCUCAGGGCCUGGCCUGAGCCGGCACAAGUCCAGGAGGCACCGGCCGGACGGGUAUGCCACCCUGGGGCACGGGACACCAAGGAAGAAGAGCCGCAGGGUGCCUGGCAGGGAGAGACCCAGCCACCCUGCAGGGCCAGCUCCCCCACAGGGCUCCACAACACCUGGGGGAACCCCAGUUCCCAAGACAGAGGAAGGGGCUGAAAGGGGCUCCAAGGCCCUAGGCUACCCCCUUAACCAGCAACUGCAGCCCCCAGGCCUCAGGGAGUCUGGGGAGGGGGCAAAGCCCAGACCAGACCUGCCGGGGGCAAGUGAGCUCCAUCCUGGACAGACAAAGAGAAAAGGGCAGGAGCAAGACCAAGGGCCCAAGGACUCCCCUCGCACCACAGCCCCGAAACCACAGGCGCGAGAGGGAAAGACCCGAGCACAGAGGCCCCUGGAGGAGGACACCCCACCCCACUCUGCCUCUGCGACCACAGGCCAGUGUCACUCCCAGCCAUCCAUGUCAACUGCUGACUGCUCAGUGGAGGGACAUCGAGGGGCAGAUGGGGGCCUUGGGCCACUGGGAGAUGCUGCGGCCAACACUGGCCUGGAGGUGCUGUGUGCAGAGAAUACCACCACCCAGAAGUCCCCAGGUGGUGGGAGGAGCCCCAGGGGGAGGUCAGAGGCAGUGUACCCUGGGGAACUUCCAGAGGGGUGGAAGGGACCCACAGUGGCCAGGACAUCUAGCAAGGACCCAUCACAUGCCUUUGUGGGAGAGGCUGUGGAGGACCACGGAGUGUCUGAGAGUGGGCCAAGUAACAGUGUCAGGGUGGGGACACUGGGCCUUCCUGGUUUGCCCGGUUCUGAAGUUGGCAGCACCAUGCUCAGCUGCCCGCAAGGCCUCCCGGAUGCCCCAGAAGCCAGGCGUGGGGAUCCUGAAGCCCCCCUUGCUGGCUGCAGGGACCCUCUGAGCAUGCUUGAUGACAUGUCCUUUGCCCAGCUCUUCCCUCCUGGUGGCCGCUUUGCCCGGAAGAAAAACCCCCGGGUCUACCAGAAGCGUUGUGGGAGGCUGCGGCGUGUGCCACCGACCGAGCCACUCAGCCAGGCUGGGGAUGACCCUCCGUCCUUGGCCCGGCCGCCCACAGACCUCAGCGACUCGGGCUCCCUCUGCCUCUCCUGCGAGGACCUGCUGGGUAACCAGGCCACGGAGCUGCCCGAGUCCUGGCUGCUGGGUGGGCCGAUGAACAGCAGCACUCCAGGCCUCGGCCUAUGGGCCCUGGAGCCCAGCAAGGAAGCCAGCUGUGCAGACAAGGCACUGCCCUGUGACACUACGGGCGAUCAGGUGAAAACCAUCCCUGAGCUGCACAGGGUCCCUGCGGCCUGGCGAGGCCUGGGGCUACAGGUGCCCCCGAAAGAGGCAUCCUCCCCUCCGGGAGAUGUGAGCCCAGAGCCGCCCAACCUGGAGAGAGAGGGCUAUGAGCAGGGGAUGCUAGGAACCGCUGAAGACCUAGAGAUGGUUGGGACCACACCGAAGGCACAGGACCUGUGCUUCACCGGCCCCUGUGAUGACCUGGUGUGCCUCCCCAGCACCAGUGCCUUGGACCUCCGGGAGGAGGCAGCAGGGCCGUGCCAGGCCCCCGGCAGAGAGCAGCCGGCCCCUGGCAGAAGAGCCUCCUUCAAGUGCCGCGUGUGCUUCCGGCGCUUCCAUGGACUGGGCGAGCUGGACCUGCACCGCUUGGCGCACAGCGCGGCGCCACCACCCACCUGCUACAUGUGUGUGGAGCGCAAAUUCGGCUCGCGCCAGCUGCUGCGCAAGCACCUGCAGGAGAAGCACGUGCAGGGCCAGGUGGGCCCGUGGGCCUGCGGCAUGUGCCUGAAGGAGGUGGCAGACAUCUGGAUGUACAACCAGCACCUGCGCGAGCACGCCGCCCUCUUCGCGUUGGCGCAGGUUGGCCGGCCUGUGUCCCCAGGCAGCCUGGCCCUGCCCCGGCUCUGUCCACAGGCGGUCCCCGGCGCCGCUCAGACCCCAGAUAGGCGCGAGGAUCCUGCGGGCCACCGGGAUCUACCCACCGCCGGCCCAGACCUUCCACCCGCUGCUCUGUCUCCCCUCCCCAAUGCCCAGGCUGAAGGCAGAGAGGGCUGCGAGCCGGACCGAGCCCUGGAGAGGCUGGAGGGAGAGGCUUCGGCAGGCAGCCCUAGGCCUCAGAGACAGCAGGCUCCCUGCCUGGUCUCAGGGAGUGGCAGGUGCGACCCCGACCGGUCCCCAGGAGAGCCCUCCCUGCUCCCGAAAGAGAGGCAGGUGUCACCCUGCCAUGUGGUGUCGGAGGGGGACACAGCGGGCCCCUCCCACGGGGGCACUGCCACCAAGCUGGGGGCUUGCCGGAGCACAUCAAAGCCCAAGCCAUUGGCGACCACCCCCAGCAGGGCACCCAAGCUACCAGGGCAGCCAAGGAAGCCGACAGAGAUGGGGAGCCCAGCACGCGGAGAACUGGCCCCUGGCCCUGAAGACAGGAUGAAGCCUACCACCCCUAAAGCCAGGCCGAGGCCCAGCUCCCAGGGCAGUGGGGGGGCACGCGCUGGCACCAAGACCAGGGGGGGCAGCCAGCCCCAGCCAUCCAGCGGGCGACUACAGAGUGAGACAGCCACCACCCCAGCCAAGCCCGGCAGCCCCGGCCAGGGCCCUGCACUACACCUACCCCCGCCUCGAGCCCAAGCCCGUGGCUGCCAGGAAAAGGCAGAGGGCAGUGAGAGGAGGAGAAAGGGCCCAGGCCCAGCCAGGCGGGUUGGUGCAGGGAGCAUGGGCAGAGCCCCCUCGGCCCCUGACAGGCCUCCCCGGGCCCCCCGGAAACAGGCCACCCCCAGCCGGCUGCUCCCUGCCAAGCCCAGGCUCAGCGGGCAGCUCAGCAAGACGAGGCCACAGCCCUGGGAGGCUCGGAAAGUGGAAUCUGGCCCUGGCCACCGGAGGGAGGCGCAGGGUAAGGCCUUCCCCCAGGUGCGGAGGGGCAGGUCUGUCUCCAGCAGCAGGCCCGCCGAGCUCCGACACCGCCGGACUGCGGAGGCACAGAGCGACCUCCUCAGCCAGCUCUUUGGGCAGAGACUGACCAGCUUCAAGAUCCCGCUAAAGAAGGACACUUCUGAGUGACGCCCAAGCAGUGCCCAGCACAGAGCCAGGACCCCAGUGAGGCUCCUGGCAUGGCUGCUCCACACCUGAGGUGGUGCACUUUGGGGCACCUUACCUGCCUCACUCCACUAACACUCAAACCAGCCGGUGAAGGUUCCUUUCUUGCCAGGAGGCUGAGGGUGAGGGACAGGACAGCUGCAGCCCUUUUGAAACCACACAGCUGUUUUCUUGGUACCAAGUACUUGAAGAAAGAGCAGCUUAUGCCCCUCCCCAGCCUGUGUGCCCUGUUGGCAUGGUGGUAUAUGCUGUAGACCUCAUCUGAAGAUUUGCACAGGGUCCCCGUCACUGAGCAGGGAUGUAAGUUCAGGCAGUCAACCGAUGGUGGCCUUUCCUUUUAAGUCUCGCUGCUGGAUUUCCAAAGUGCCUUUAGGAAUCGCAUGGGGAGGGCAGGGCUCUCCACAUGGGCCACUUCUGAGCCAACUGAUCCCCAAGAGCACACAGACCUCCUCCCUCUGCCCGCAGGAUCAUGCCUGCCACCGGCCACACUGCGGAUGCUUCUGGGGCACUUGGUUCCCCAGGGGAUGUGGUGAGGGUCUCCAUCCCUCGGCCCCUCUCUAGAGCCCUCCUCCCCACAGAGCCCUGGGCUGUGUCACCCACGGUUCUGCUCGGCAGUUUCUGGUGCUGUUUUCACGUUGUACUGUGAAUACUGGGUGCUCCUGUAACUGGAUGAGCUGGAGGAGGCUGCAGCUGGGGCAAAGGUGACGACCACAAGCUCCCCACAGGCUCCUGGGCCAGCUCCGUCCCAGAUCCCACGGCAGGGGCCCCCAGUACCCACAUCCUGGCCCAGCGUGGAAGGAUAGGCAGAAGGACUGAGAUGCUCUGUGCUCUUCGGGGAGUCUCAGAUUCACAACUUGUUUUGUUCUGUUUUUAGUUUUUAACGUGGGUGCAAUGUAUCUGUCAAAGGUUUCGUUUUGACAUUUCGAAAGAGACCAAAUCAGGCCCAGACGACCCCUCCAGAAGGUGCUAGGUCCUCGGAAAGCCUCCUCCACGAGGUCGAAGACGGGUGGAGGGGUCUCAGGCCAGGCUGUAAAGGUCACAGCCGGCUCAUCUUUCUGAAUAUAUUCCCACUAUUU